AACUGGGCUGCUCCGGCCCACCCGUGUGUGCGUCCAUCAUGCUUCCAAAAUAGUGCAGGGUUUUUGAGUGGCGUCUUCAAGAUCCGUGCCUACUGUGCGUCAAGAGCUGGGCUAACCCCUUCUGUCUCGUUCCCCGGCGUCGCAUGCGGUCAACAGCAGCGGAAGAAGAGAAGAGCAAAUGCUGGGUGGCGUCUCGAGGCGUUGGGUCGCUUCCGCGGUUCGAUCCGCCGGCGCUGGUUACCGCCGGAUCCUUGCGCCGGUCUGCAGUUCCACCUCCUCGCCCCCUUCGUCACCAUCCUUCGUCCUCCGUCCCCCGGCAAACAAGCUUGACGCUCAUGGGGAGUUGAUAAUAACUCAUAAUGGAAUAUUCAAGCCUUGGAUUGAUGGAAAUAAAUAUUUCUUAAGGUGCAUGACAACAGUGGGCAACCCUGAGGUAUCUUCUGGACAAGAGAGUUCUGUUGCCUCACCUGAAACUGACCAGCCUCAUCGCAUCAAAUUCAAAAGGCUUGACAAAACUGCUAAGCACAUAAUGAAUAUUUUAGAUAAAGAAGCAGUGGAUAAAAUGAGAGAUGAGAGAGAUAUUCCUGACAUAAGACCUGGGUAUAUUAUCCAGCUAAAAGUGGAGGUGCCUGAAAACAAGCGUCGAAUUUCAAGUAUGAAAGGCAUUGUCAUAGCAAGGCGAAAUGCAGGUCUGCAUACCACAUUCAGGCUGCGAAGGCUAGUAUCUGGUGUUGGGGUUGAAUCUGUUUUCCCAUUAUACUCGCCUAAUAUAAAGGAAAUAAAAGUAGUAGACAAGAAGAAAGUGAGAAGGGCAAAGCUUUACUACCUCAGGGAUAGGAUGAAUCCAUUAAAAAAAUGAUGAUAUUUUUUGUCAUCUUUUGCAUUUUGUUCUUUUGACAGUUCCAUGGUUCUUAUAGUCAUGAUUCUAUGAAUUCCAUAAUCAGUAGCUGGGGAGUCUUGUCUUCCUGAUGCACAUUCAGGGCUGUUUCUCUUAUCGAUGCUGUUUCUCUCUUAUCAAUUCCGAAACAUUAUCUUGCAACUCACCUAUAAACUUUUGUUUCUGAUAUCUAUGGAAUAAUGCCUUUUUCAUUAUACAACAUU